AUGUUCCGUCUCGCCUACUGCAACUGGUCACGCGCACGCGGAACCACCACCGCCUUCGUCGAGCCCAUGCCCGGCGAGACCUGCCGCGUGACCCUGAGCCUCCCACGCUACGUCGACGUCCAACCGGGCACUCACGCCUACCUCCGGUUUAGCGGCGUCCGCUCGUGGGAAAACCACCCGUUCUCUAUCGCCUGGGUUGAGCAUACCACCGAGGACGAGCUUCUUCCCAUCAGCGAAAAGGACGUCGGCGCCGGCACCUCCCGGAGCUUCAGCGUCAAGAAGCCCGUUGCCACCUCCGUCUCCUUCGUCAUCGGCGCCCACUCGGGCUUCACCCGCAAGCUGUACAACCGCGCAGUAGCCGGCACCGCCGACCUUCGACGACCCGGCAUCACCAUCCGCGCCGCCUUCGAGGGCCCCUACGCAGGCCACCAUUCGCUCGACAGCUACGGCACAGCCGUCCUCUUCUGCGGCGCCACGGGCAUCACGCACCAGAUCUCGUACCUGCGCCACCUGGUCGAGGGGUACGCGGACGGCACCGUGGCGACGCGGCGCGUGGUGCUGAUCUGGAUCGUGAGAGACUUUGAGUCGCUCGAGUGGAUCAGGCCGUGGAUGGACGCCAUUCUGCGGCUGCCGAGGCGGAAAGAGAUCCUGCACAUCAAGCUGUUCGUGACAAGACCAAAAAACCCGAGGGAGAUGGCCAGCGCGUCAAGGAGCGUGCAGAUGUUCCCUGGCCGGCCGAACAUACCCAUGUUGCUAGCCAAAGAGGUGUCUGAGCAGCAGGGCGCCAUGUGCGUGACGGUGUGCGGGCCGGGCGGGUUGGCGGACGAUGUGAGGCAUGCGGUGAGGGGAUGUCAGAGGGAGAGAGGGACGGUGAUUGAUUUUGUGGAGGAAAGUUUUACUUGGUAA